GGGAAAGCUUUCUUGAAGUUGGCCAUCAGUCGUACACUUCGGAUAAUUCCACAUUCUGGGGAGCCAAGUUCUUGUAAGCAUUAUUUUCUUUAUUUUGCAGGUAAAUAUCUCUGUAUUUUUUCGGCCUUCUUAUUCAUAUUUGACUACGUGCGAUGAUCGGAUUCAUUGAAAGUUAGCGCCUUUUACUGACAAGAUCAAUUCGAUCGAGUCAGGGGCACCCAACGACAAUUUUCGGAAAAAUAUCUGUUCGGAAGACGAUUUGAGAUCUAGAAUUUUCGGAACAUUUGUUGUAAAAUUUCUUGCUUGCCUGCUUCUCCUAGGAUUUUCGAACAUCUAAAAUAUGGUAUAAUCGCCUAUUUUUAACGGAUUUUUACCCUAAAAAGGUCACCUAGAAUUUUCGGAGCCUUUUUUCUGGCUGAAAUUUUCGAAAAAGUAAGUUUUGAUCCCUAGAAUUUUCGGAUCACUAGACUUUCAGCUAGGAAAUCCGAACAGAUGAAAAUUUUUUUAGGGGAUAAAAAUAUGCCUAUAUCUACCGUUUAAAUACCAAAAUACGUUUAACAAUGCUAUGUUUUAGCGGUUUUGAACUAAAUCCUCGUUGGGUGCCCCUGUCGAGUACUCAAGCGGUUUUUUUUUUCCGCUUCCUUUCCUUUUGUUUGGUUUAGCACUGAGGUAUUUAUGUUUGAAACGAAGUUAAUAAAAUGCUUUCCUUGUCAAGUCCAUUCUUCAUAUCUAAGUUUAAAUUUUUUGAUAUUUUUUUAUUCCUUUGUUACCUUUGCAGUUUUUUUAUUCCUUUGUUUGGCAUGUUAUUAUAACCAAAGAACAAUACCGUACUUCAGCUGGUACUUCCGCUCCCUCGCUCGAAGUUUUCCUGUUUUGCUUUUUUCAUUUUUCAUUUUGCGUCGUCUUUAUGCAAACUAGCAUGUUUUCGAGAGGGGGGCGUUGGGAUUUUCGGUUUUGGCCAUCUUUAUGUCGGUUUUUCGGUUUUGUUGUCCGUUGCGGUUUCCGGUUUUUCCGUUUUUUAGCAUUUGGUUGUUCCAUUUUUUGGCAAAAAUAAAGCAGGUUAGAUUCCUCUUUGGGUCUCUGUGCAGUCAGAUGUUAAGCUAUUUUAUAUGUUUCUAUUUUACCGUCAAUCCAGGUCAAACUGCAAUGUGGGAUUCUGGAUUUUUUAUCAGAGGUUUAAAG